AUGAGCGCCUACGCUAUUUUAAGCAGCAAACAUGUAUGUUUGUUAUAUUAGGUGAUCGCUGCCGCUACCGUCCUCGCUUUGGCAUCUGGACAGCACAAUGGCUAUGGAUACGGUCACGGCCACGCGCAGUCUUCACAAAGCAUUGUACUGCACCAGAACCACGGACAGAUCCACAGAGCGCCCGCUGUGGUUCUGCAACACCAGCCCUCUCACUAUACUGGACAUUAUGACAACCACCAGGACUACUAUGCGGCACCUCACUACGCCUUCGAGUACUCGGUAGCUGACCACCACACCGGUGACAUCAAGUCCCAGCACGAGACACGCGAAGGCGAUGUGGUGCAGGGAGCUUACAGCCUGCACGAGUCUGAUGGUACAGUCAGGACUGUGCAGUAUACCGCUGACGCGCAUAAUGGAUUUAACGCCGUUGUACACCGUGAGGGUCAUGCUGCUCAUGCCGUACCAGUGCAACGACACUAUUAAUCAUAGAAUUGUUC